AUGACGAAUUUUUUCAGUGAAAUUUCUGGACGACUUAAUGUCGAAGGCCAACAGAAGAAUGAGAUCUUAGUUGUUCAAUUUGUGUGCACAAUUUUGAUACUAGUUGUAAGAUCAAGCAUUUUAAGAAUGCUAUUGAAACGAGAAACGUAUGGGCAAAGUGGACUGAAUACUAUGAAUAAUAGCAAUGCCGUGGCUGGUCAAAUGCAUGAAAAUAAUACAAAUAAUAAUAACUUACAAAUGCAGAGUCAAAUAGACGAUCAAUUGAGUUGGAGUACUCGAAUGAGAUUGGAUAUGAAGAAAUCGUUUAACGAUGACCCAUAUUUUUAUUUUGAGAAAAAAUCAAUCAUAGUUGGUACUAAUAUUCAUGAUAAUAAUAACUAUAAUGGCUUAAUGAGUAUGGGGAUGAAUAAUAACAUUAAGAAUGCGAAUAAUAGCAAUAAUAGCAAUAUCAACAACAAUAAUAAUGUCGGAAAUAUGCAUUUUACGGGAGGUAAUCCGUAUAGGCCACAGAAUCCAAAUCAUUAUCCAAUGAAUGAAAAUAUUAAAAGCCAAAUGAACAACAACAACAAUAAUAAAGAUCUUAAUAACGGUAAUAAUUUACUUUCAGUACUAGCCCAGAGAAUUUUUGAGAAACAGCAACAUAGUAAUGGAAAUGGUACUCUCAACAAUAUAAAUGUUAAUCAAUCAAGAUUUGAUCAAAUCAAUAAAAAUGAUACAGGCUAUCAUCAAAAUCAGAAUCAGCAUCAACGCGGAGACCCAUAUUUAAAUAAUAAUAGUAGUAAUAACAACUUCCCCAGUAAUUUUGUAAAUUUCAAGAAAUAA